UCUAGAACUUCUUGUCUGUUAAGAUUGUCUGAAUUUGCUGAAUAUAUCUUCUAAGUCACAAUCAACUGAUACUUUGUUCAAACGCAAACUGCUUCUGCUUGAAAAGAUGAUUGAAUGUCUUGGUAAAUUCUUGAUUUUGCUAUAUUGCAUUGUACACGCGUCUUGCAAAGACAGGUCAAGCUACUUGAGGUAUCUUGAUGUUCAGGGAUACAAGUGUUCAGAUCGCCAAAUAUGUGAGGUUCCUGGCCGUAGCGAUGUAGGGGAUUGUGCAAGUGAGUGUAGCACACGAGAGUCUUGCAUGCUCUUCUCCUACAACAGGGUGUCCGGGCUGUGUCAGAUACACAGUCAGAUACUGUCCCUCGGUAGUAGUAACUGCACACAAGACGAGAACACGGACCACUACAUAAAUGAUUAUGUGUCUCCUAGCAACACAUUACCGAUGGUAGCCCGUGAGUCUGUGGGUGUCAGGGAACGCAGCUAUUUUGGCAAUAGCGCUCUCAUGAGAAUCAUGAAGGAAGGGGAGAUAAUUCAGUGGCAGUUCUACUCUGUUGCUGAAGGCGGUGCAAUGCUUCAAGUCUGGAGGCCACGGAGCGAUCUGGAAAAUGGCCAAUAUGAGUUUGUUGGGCAAAACUUCCUAAAGAGCGAAAUAAUUGGAGAGCCAGAUAAUCUGAAUGUACCUGAGCACGAGCGGAUACAGGUGCAAUCUGGAGACGUGAUUGGCAUCUACUACGACGACCCGGCCGCCGGUAUCACCUACAGUGACUGCAAUGCCACAGAAUCCCCUGACGCAGCUGGGAUGUCCUGGCUCGAGAGGGAAGUGGAUGAAGCGUCAUUCUUUGUGCCUGGGUCGAUUUAUACCCAGACAACUCAAGACAAUUGCCAAAUAUUUUCACUUAAAGCGAUGGUUGGACCAAAGCGAACCCAGAUUUUAAGCCAAGUGAACUCCUCACCAAUAAAGAGUCGCAGCUCUGUCGGGAGUUCGAAGAGGGUCUACAUCGGCCUGAAUGACAAUUUCAAGAUACGUGUUGAUGGACGCCUCUCGAUCUGGAAGUUCUACUCCAAGAUUGCUGGUUCCCUAGCACUGCAGGUCUGGCGACUAAUACAAGGCGAAAAAACACAGCAGAUCAGCUUCGUUGGUCAAAAUAUUUUGACGAGUGUCUCCAACGCCCCUCAAGAUGUCUACGUGGACGAGGCAGAUCGCAUACAGGUGAAGGCUGGGGACUACAUCGCCGUGUAUUACGGGGUAAGCAAAGGGGGCCUGUGUUACGACGAUUGUGACGAAGAAAUCAACCCAGAGUCUGAUCAAGUUGGUUAUUCCCUCGACCAGGUCGACUCUCCAGAAGAGUUUUACGAAGGUAAAGUAAUGGACUUGAUAAUUCCGCUCUACAACUGUAGAGUAUUCUCUCUAACAGCCUUCAUCCAACCCACCGCCAGUUAAUUAUUUGAUAUAUCUGAGGAUGACCCAUGGUUCGAGGAAGCGCUCACGCGUCUAUCAGACCUCGUCCUGCUGCUAAUAUAUAGUCUUUGUCAGGCGAGAGGAAGCGCUCACACGUCCAUCAGACCUCGUCCUGCUGCUAAUAUAUAUUCUUUGUCAGGCGAGAGGAAGCAGCAAGCACCUUCUUCACACAUAACAUGUCACCACUUU